CCAAAAAUUACGAGCCCAUAGAUCACGCGCACACCCUUGUGUACCAACUAGGCCGCCGGAGUCCUCGCGAUAAAGGACCUCCGGUUCCGAUUUCACGCGUUCUUCGCUGCCUCCGCUCGGAUCUGUCCCGUGAUCAACGCGGUCUACGCUUCAGGAACCGUGCUGGAUACCGAAGCUGCGAACGGAUCAGCCAUUGGGACGUGGACAAGACCAGAUCAAGAUGGCCGCUGCUGCUGGUUUAAGAAGAUCGAGUCGAAGAUGGUCGUUGAUGAAUACACAGGUGUGAACACUUGCGGUUUACUUCUGUGACGAUUGAUUUAAAAAAUCGAAUAUUUACUACGGAUUACCAUUGAGACUUCAACGGAACGUUGUGCAGGUCCGGUGACAAGAUGGAGGACAGCCGGGCUGAGAGUUUGUGCAAAGUUUGCGGCGACAAAGCUUCCGGAAAACACUACGGAGUGCCCAGCUGCGACGGAUGUCGUGGUUUUUUUAAGCGGUCAAUCCGCAGGUAUGCAAGAAAUUUGGAUUACAUCUGCAAGGACAGUGGCCGCUGCAUCGUCGAUGUGUCACGUCGCAAUCAGUGCCAAGCGUGUCGUUUUACCAAGUGCCUUCAGGUUAACAUGAAACGAGAUGGUACGCUUCGUUUCACCGCGGUUCAACACGAAAGAGCUCCACGAAGUACUUCUUCGCUGGUCGGGGCUGCAAGGAGAGGUCCUACAGGACUUUAUUCAGGAAUUCCGCACGUGUAUCACGCUACAAGCAACCAUCCGUAUCAUCCUCUUUUAUAUCCAGCGUUGUUUCCCUUCAAACCAACGAUAACGCAAGCGUUCACGCCAUCGGUCGCUACACAUUUUUUGCAACGAUCAUCGUCAGAACCACUAACAGUGACGACUGCCAAAGAAGACGAAGUGACCAGCUCCGAAGAGGCUGGGUCGGUAGAAACUAGAACAAAGCCGAAAGAUAUUAUUAACGUUUGUGAUAAGAAAUAUUCAAAUUUAAUUUUCUCGGACACUACGAAGUUUGUAAAAGAAGAUUUAGUGAACACCCGAUUAGCGCAUCCGAUCAUCAAUCCUACGUCUCCAGAAUACAUAACCAGUUUUUCGAUUUUGCCCACGGAAAAUAUCUACGAAUUCGCGGCGAAAUUGCUGUUCUUUGCAGUCAGAUGGGCUAGGAGCAUUCAUUCUUUUUUACAGUUGCCGUACAGAGAUCAGACCAUUCUCCUGGAAGAAUCUUGGAGUGAACUGUUCGUCCUAACAGCUGCACAAUGGAAUUUUCCCGUUGAAGAGGUCGCAUUGGUAUCCAGUGAUACACCAUCCGAAAGGAAAGAAGUACUCGUUGACGAAGUGAGGAGAUUGAGGGAAUUGUUGGGAAAAUGCGCCCUUCUCAGAGUCGACCACUCAGAAUACGCUUGUCUUAAGGCAAUCGUCCUUUUUAAAGCAGAAUCCCGAGGACUUUGCGAAAGGGGAAGAAUAACAGCCUUACAAGAACAGACGGUUACAGUGUUCUGUGAAAGAGAUUCGCGCAGGGUUGGACGAUUGCUGCUGUUGUUACCUUCAGCGCGAGCGCUCUGUCGAUCAACUCUACAAGAAUUGUUGUUCAAACCUACGGUAGGUGACGUUAGCAUCGAACGGCUAUUGGGUGAUAUGGUGAGCGCGCUUAGACCGACAUAACGUAACUGAUCGACAAAACUUGCUUAAUUGGUAAGUGUUACCAAAAUAACGGAUGUGAUAGACUAAUACUUAGCGUAUUUGGUGUCACACGAUAGAACGACGAAUACAACGUAACGUAUACAAAAACUUAUAGUUUGUUUUCCAAAUCUAAUUAAUUAUUAUGUGGACAAUUAUGUGAUUGUUGGUGUACCUCAAGAAUCUUGUUUAGAUGAACAGAAACAUAAUGACAAGAUAUGAAUGCGAAUAUCUUGGGAAAGGACAAGAACAAUAUACCAAAGACAUUUUUACAUACCUUCCACAUUUUUUAAAAAUGCGCUGAUAAUGAAGCAUUGUUUUCUUCAGCAAACUUCAAUCAGUGGAGAAUCCAUUUUGUGAUAAAUAAUAGUUUAAAAUAUUCAGAAUACAAAAGUGUCUGUGUGUGAUGAUUUUAAACAAAUUUUCUAUUAAUUUAGUGCUCCAGUCAAGAAUGGAGUUGCAAAAUUUACAGUUCUUCCUCUUAGAGGGCAUAACAAGAUUAUGACACCCUUUUACAAAAUUGUCUUUUUCUGUUAUGGCUGUGGUUUGUUUUUUAUUAUUUAUGUAAAUUGUGAUACGUAUCUACGAUUAUAUGUAUCUUGAAUUUGUUAUGGACAGUGAAAUAACGAUAAAUGGUCGACUAGCUUAUAUUGCUAAGGAGGAUACUUCAUAAAAUCUGUUAAUGACAUAGAUAUUUGCAUUAAUCGCGUCCUCAUGUUACCACUUAAUAAAUCUAGUCAAUUGUUUAUUGUAUGUACUUACUAGAAAGUAGAGCUAUUAGUUUAAAAUAAAUACUCAAGUAUUAUAUUCUAAAACGUUAUGCAAUUGUUUUACGUCGAACCCUAACUGUAUUAUCCAGUAACAAAAUUGUAAACUAAAUACAAUUACUUAUAUUCGUUAUACUAUAAAGUUAUUGUAAUUUCUGACCAUUUUGUACUUCGUAAUCUUUUCUUCGUCACAACAGAUGUGUUAAAAGUUUCGAAAGAUCACUUUCAAACUAAUAUUCAAAUUUGCCCUAAUAUAUUUACAAACCGUUCAAAACAUCUAGUUCGCUUAAACAUCUCUGAAUUAAUCGGAGAAAAUAUAUAAAAAAAUUUAAGGUAAAGCUAUAAAAGACAAUCCCUUGUCAACAGUCGAUUGUUAUUACUUCAGUAAACUGCCGGUGCAUUUUAGAAAC